AUGGUGCAAAAGGAUGGCGAGUUGAGAAAAGCAGAAAUCCUGUCGAUUCGGCAACGCAAGGACGGUCCUUCUUUUUAUGUUCAUUACGUUGAUUUCAAUAAGCGUCUUGAUGAAUGGGUCGAUUCCGAGCGACUUGACCUGUCGCAGGAGGUCGAGUGGCCGCAACCCGAGAAACCAGAGAAAAAGAAGACCGGCCCGGGGAACAAGGCGCCGAGUAAGAACAAGCGCGCCAGGGCCGGAAGCCGUGAGGUAUCCGGCACGCCUGAUCUCCUGACAGGCAAGAAUGCCAACGUGGGCAAGGCCCAGCGUCCAUCUAAAGCGGGUGGAAAGGAAAACCGCGGCGACGAGACCCCAGUCAACAUGUCGAUCUUGAGCUCCGAAGCCCUCUCGGCAGACGCAACUCCAAAGCCAGAGUCGGAGGAUGUGGACAUGCUUGAUGUCACCUUCAAGGACGACAAUGAGCAGGGCAAAAUGACCCGCGAAGAGGAAAUCGAAAGGCUGCGGACGAGCGGCAGUAUGACCCAGAACCCAACGGAAAUUCACCGCGUCCGUAACUUGAACCGCCUGCAGAUGGGCAAGUACGAUAUCGAGCCGUGGUACUUCUCGCCGUAUCCGGCGUCGUUCUCCGACGUAGACAUGAUCUACAUUGAUGAAUUCUGCCUCAGUUAUUUCGACGACCAGCGUGCUUUCGAGCGCCAUCGCGCGAAAUGCACGCUGGUCCAUCCACCCGGCAACGAGAUCUACCGCGACGAUUACAUAUCCUUCUUCGAAGUGGACGGCCGUCGCCAGCGGACGUGGUGCAGGAACCUAUGUCUGCUGAGUAAACUCUUCCUCGAUCACAAGACUCUCUACUACGACGUCGACCCGUUCCUCUUCUACUGCAUGUGCACCCGGGACGAAACAGGCUGCCAUCUCGUCGGCUACUUCUCCAAGGAAAAAGACUCGGCCGAAGGGUACAAUCUCGCUUGUAUCUUGACCUUACCGCAAUACCAACGCCGCGGGUUCGGCCGACUCCUCAUCUCCUUCAGUUACGAGCUGAGCAAGCGGGAGGGUAAACUCGGCUCGCCCGAAAAGCCGCUCAGUGAUCUCGGCUUGCUUGGUUACCGGCAAUACUGGCGCGAGACCCUGGUAGAGCUCCUAGUGGAGCCGGGCCGCGAGUCCAUCAGCGAGAACGAGCUAGCUGUCCUAACCUCCAUGACGGAGAAGGAUGUCCACGAGACAUUAGUUGUUUGUAACAUGCUCAGAUACCACAAGGGAAACUGGGUCAUUGUGCUCACUGACCAGGCGAUUGAGCAACACAAGAAACGCCUGGAAAAGGAGAGAAUCAAAGGCUCGCGCAAGAUCGACCCGGCUCGACUGCAGUGGAAGCCGCCUGUUUUUACUGCAUCCAGCCGUACUUGGAACUGGUAA